CGUUUUAACAAAAAAAUUGCAAGAAAUGUAAUGAUCAAAGUCAUUCUUAUGAAUCCUUCAAACGACGCUUCAUACAUUCCUUAAAAGGUAGAAAUUGCAAUCUAAUCGUAACGCAAACAGGUUAUUAUUUUUAGCAAUAAGAUGUCGGUUAAUUUUUUUUUAAUGCAUCCCGAUUACAUGUGGGACUAAAAUUAGAUUAAAUAAGGACAAAUUUGAAAUGACAUUCAGCAUGAUUAUAACGAGAUAAAUAAAUAAUAUUUUAAGAACGAGACACUGCUUUCGUAAGAAAAUUAGAUUAAAUUAGGACAAAUUUGAAAUGACAUAUUCAGCAUGAUUAUAUCGAGAUAAAUUAAUAUUUUAAGAACGAGACACUGCUUUCGUAAGAAACAUGUACGUUUGUUUCAGAUUGAUGCUUAAUCAUAAGAUAAUAUUCAAGAAUAUUGCAUCAUUACCUGCACAUACAUGUGCCGUACAGUGUAUACGAAAAAUCCAAUAUAAAGGCUGAGCUAGCCGAUUUAUUCGAUCAUUCGCUGAGUGACACUGCUAUCAAGUCGUACUUAGUUGGGACCGGAUAGUUGUCAUAUGCAGUUCUUAACGUGGACAGUGACAUUGUGAGGAUCAGCAGAUCAAAAUGGAUGACAGUUCCAAAAUGUUAAACACCAGUGGCAAUUUUCUAUUUAAAGAUGAUUGCAUUUCAGAUGUUGGACUCAUGGAGUGUAUAUUUUUGAUUCUGUAUGCUUCAAUUACUGUAGUGGCUAUUGUCGGGAACUUCGUCGUUUGUUACAUUAUAGUAACAGAGAAGAUGCUAAGAAGUGUUACAAACUUGUUUCUGUUCAAUAUAGCUAUUGCAGAUAUUACCAAGACCAUUAUUCUGGUUCCGUUUUCUUUCAUGCCAAACCUUUUGCUUGCAUACUGGCCAUUUGGGAAGUUUAUGUGCCCGUUUGUUCUUUAUUCCCAGAUAGUUGCAGUGUUUGCGAGUGCCUUUACACUGGUUGCAAUGAGUGCAGAUCGUUACGUAGCCAUUAUUUACCCGUUGCGACCAAAACUGACCCAUAAAGGUGUGAUGUGUAUUUGUGGGGUUGUUUGGAUUAUGGCAUUGUUGGUUCCAAUCCCCACUGCUGUUACAGGGAAAGUUCAAGUCGCAUUUGAAAACAGAACGGGGAUAUGUCAGAAGGGAAGAUGCUUUGAAGACAUGGAUGAAGCGUUGAGAUUUCCGUACAGUCUCUGUAUUAUGUCGCUCCAGUAUUUCAUUCCCUUAAUUGCGCUCACUUUCACGUACGGCCACAUUGCAUAUGUUAUCUGGAUAAAAAUCAUCCCUGGAGAAGUUGUACAAAGACAGGAUGAACGUCAGGCAUCAUCCAAAAGAAAAAUGGUGAAAAUGAUGAUUGUCGUGGUUCUUCUGUACGCUGUCUGUUGGCUUCCACUCCAUGCCCUCCAACUAGCGACAGAUGAAAAUCCAGACAUAUUUGUCAAUGUGAAAAAUUUCCGGUAUAUUUGGAUCGCCUGUGAAGUGGUGUCCGCCAGCCAUUCAUGUUACAAUCCAUUUGUUUACUUUUGGAUGAACAGAAAAUUUAAAAAUGCCUUUCGAGCAUUCUAUAAGAAAUGCUUCUGUUGUUUAAGAUCUUCACGAUUUAAAUAUGGUGACAUACCAGUGUCACGACAAACUUCGAUGACAAUGACAGUUAAAUUCGGAAGACAAUCCAGUAAAUAAAGUAAACAUUUAUAUCUACAUCUAUCUAACAUCCAUCAAUCAGUGUUGUGAGAAGUUGUAUCAAUUUUAACUUGUUAUAUUCAGGACCCAGUUACACGAAGGUUAGUUAACAUUAACUAACAGUUUGUCAUUAACUCUUAAAUUCAUAUAGUGAGAACUAGACGUUAACUGUCAGUUAAACGUAACCAAUGUUUUGAACAAAUGGGUCCUGGUUGAUACCUUUUGAUGACGGAGCCUCUAUUCUACAUUUAUUAAUGAUAAUCUUAUUUAGAGAAUGUAAUUAUCAUCUUUCACUGAAUUCAGACGAACGUUUUCAAUUGUACAUACAAACGUGUUCAAGUCUAGCUGUUUCCCAUAUACUUGCAAAGCCAAAAAAAAAUUUAAAUGAAUAUGCCCAUAGUUUUUUGUUUUUUUCUCUCUCACUUUUUUGUCUUCAACACACCUCGUUUGAAUCUUGAGUUAUGUUGUAGAUAUUAUACAGCAACCAAUUCUGAUGUGAAUUUGAUAAUAUUUACAAAAGCUUAAUAAAGUAGCUCAAUAUUGUUACAAUAGGGUAUUCUGUUGGUAAAGCAUUGAUUCAUUUUCUUUUCGAUUGUUAUGCUUUAUUGUUCUAUAACAUACUGUAAGGUGAAGAAGUUAAUAAAAUUCAUCAUUAUAUUUUUGACUUCGCUAAUGGACUGGUGUUUAGGGCGCUUGUUUAUGAUGUUAGGGGAGAUUCAACAGACUUGUUUGAAGUCAAUAUUUCAUACAUUCUAUGGUCGUUAUGAUAAUGAUCUUAUUUGCAAAUACAGCCUGUCGAAUACCA